AUUAUCAAUCUACAUAUAAAGCGAUUCCUCUUGAAAAAGUGUAACAUUUUCGAUGUGUUCAUCUUAAUAGUAUCUACAGUUUAAAUUUUUGCGGAAAUGGUUGAUAGUGGUCACGACGUGAAAAAUGAGAGUAAUGGAUCGACUGGAUUUAAGAGAUCUGUAUCCAAACAGAUAAUCUUAGGCUUACUGGCAAACUUCUCCAGCAUAGCACCUAGUAUGAGUUUAGGAUUCUCAGCUGUAGCUUUACCUGCCCUAAAAGAUACUUCGAAUACACAUUUUUUAAACGCUGAUGAAGCUUCCUGGUUUGCUAGUAUUGCAUCCUUGGCAACUCCCUUCGGUUGCAUUUUUUCGGGACCCAUUGCCGAUAGGUAUGGGAGAAGGAGCGCUAUGUAUUGUAUAAACAUUACUUGUUUUAUUGGGUGGUUGAUCGUAGCGGCAGCCUAUUAUUUUCCUGAAAAUCAGUACACUAUUUUGUUAAUUGGUCGACUGUUAACUGGAUUGUCUACAGGACUGUCGAGUAUUCCAGCUACGAUUUAUAUGGCUGAGGUUUCAAGCAACAAACUGCGGAGUGUGAUUUGUACUUGGAAUAGCAUUUUUUUUGCCGUGGGGGUCUUAAUUGUAUAUUUAUUAGGUUUAGUUUUAAAAGAUAACUGGGGUGUUAUAUGCCUUAUUUCUGCCGUCCUUCCAUGCGUUGGAAUGGUUUUCAUCUCCUUUUUAAUUCCUGAAUCUCCCGCUUGGCUGAUCCGCAAGAACCGUUACGAUGAAGCUAAAGCCAAUAUGUGUACAAUUUUUGGAACCAAAGAAUUCGUACCAGAAGUAGAACAAGAAAUCGAGAAUCUAAUAAAGAAUAGAGGGAUCAAAUCCAUACCCAAACAAAAAACCCUCAUAGAACAAUUUGUCAACAAGUGGAAACACCUCAUGAAACCCACUGCCCUGAAACCAUUAGCUGUAGUAGGGACGUUCUUUUUUUUCCAACAGUUUGCUGGAACCUUCGCUAUAGUUUUCUACGCCAUAGAUAUCGUCAAAGACGCUGGUGUCCAAUUAGACGCCUAUCUCACAAUAGUUUUAAUCGGUAUAGUUCGUCUAUUCGCCGCCAUAUUGGCGAGUUACAUCAGCAAACUCUACGGACGAAGACCAUUGUCAAUGAUAUCCGGUUCAGGAAUGACCAUUUGUAUGAUGGCUUUAGCAGGGUAUAUUUUGGCUAUUAAUCAAGGAAAAGUUUCGGAUUCUACUCAAGACUCCCUCCUGUUUCUGCCAGUGUUACUUUUACUGGUUUAUUUCUUUAUAAGCACUAUAGGAUUUCUGCCGAUGCCUUUUGCUAUGUCGGCUGAGGUUUUCCCGGCGAAAAUUCGAGGAACGGCGUCAGGUUUGGCAUCGGGACUUGGAUACUUUUUCAAUUUCAUUGCAGUCAAGAUUUAUCCUGAUAUGAUAGAGAGUAUGGAUCGACACGGAGUGUUUUUCUUCUAUGGCGCAAUGAGUUUAGCUGGCACUAUAUUUGUAGUAACACUUCUGCCGGAGACUAGAGGGAAAUCGUUACAAGAGAUCGAAGAAUACUUUGGCAGAAAGAGGGUUAAGAGAAAUUCGUUGUUGAAGGAACCUGAACAAGUGUGAAUAUGCGCUCGACUUACUUAGAAACUUCAUAUACGUAUCAGUAUACAUUUUUAUUAAGAUUAUUUUAUUUUCUGUGAUCUGUAUGUAUUUUAGUUUAUUUUUGUAAUAAAUGCUUUCUAAAAUGUGGAUAAA